AUGGUGAAGGAUAAGAGCACAGUCAUUAGGCGCGUUCAGAAUACCCAGUUCUCCGACUUCGAGAUCCGAGCUGACAAGGCAAUAAAGACUGGCUCCGACAAGAGCAGUCGCAGUCAUCCGGCUGGGGCAGAGAGUCUGGUGAGACCAUUGGGCACGAAAGGCCAGUUGGCACGCGGUCGCAUAUUUCCCAGGGGCCGGCAGGACGCGCUAAUUCACACGUCUAGUGGACGAAAGAUCGUCGAUAUUCUGGCGCACAACCCGACCCGCAAUCCCUCGGCCUACACCGAUCAAGAUAUUGACCAUAUGCGCCGUGUGGUGUCUUACUGUAAGCGCCAUAUAGUGCAAGAGAGAAACAAACAUGAUCUCAGAAGCCGAAGCUAUCGGUCGCUAAAGAAUUGGGGACAUGAUUCCCUAAAAGAGUGA